UUCAUUUCAUUCGGCCGCUCUUGCAUUCUUCAAACCCUAAUCUUCUUCAUCUUCAACCCCCCAAAAGCACAAACCUGGUGAAAACCAAACCCCGCAAGACCAAAAUUCAAACACUCAUCUUCCUUCGUUCACCUUCUCACUCUCUCUCGCAAACAGGAAAGAGGACUCAAACCGUAUACACAAAUCUCAGAAAACCAGAUGAAGAUGGAGUGAGGAAGAUGAAGAUGACAUUACUUUGCAGAUCUAAGUCUUUUACAUUCAAAUCUUAUGGGUUUGCGUUCAGAUCUGACUGCUUCUACAGUUUCACGUUUCAUCUGACUGCUUCUACAGUCUGCUUUGUGGUAGCAGGUUUAUCUGGAUCUGGAUCUGGAUCUGGAUCUGAAUCGAUUUAAUUUAGGGUUUAUCUGGAUCUGGAUCUGAGUCUUUUUAGGGCUUUGCUGAAUCUUCUAUUAUGUGUUUUAGUAUUUGUUUAUUUACGGAACAUAAAUUAUUGCAGGCUUUUUAUUGAUAUUGUUGUUGAUUAUUUCAGUUGGUGAAGACAGAGAGUGUGGCUCUUCUUUUUUGUAUGGAGCCUUGCGAUAAUCUGGAUUUCUUGAAAGACAUGGUAUGGGAUCUGGGGUAUUGGUGUCCACUUAUUGAUAAUAUAUGUUUCUUGCAGUAGCUUUGUAAGCUUUAAGAUAUUAGGUAUAUCUUACAAUCAGAUCACCGGUGAAUCCCAUACAAUAUUGGGUCUCUCCAAGAUUAUUUGCUGAAUGAGGUGGUGACCCUUAUUUCUAAUCUGACUGAAGAGAAAAAUUAUGCUUGUAGAGUUGGAAGGAUAUAUUCGUCCUCGAUGUACAACCUUGACUAUUUUUAUUGAAUGCCAAGGUUUAUGUGGUUGAUUAAGGUCCAAGAGUCGCUCAAAUUGUAUUUUCAUUUUUCGAUGAUUGGUAAAACAGUCAAAUGGCUCAAGAGUCGCUCAAAUUAUUAAGAGCAUGCAAUACCGUAUUCAACAUGAAAGUAUUACUCUAAACGAGGAGAAACAAAUCAUCAGAGAAAUAAAACAACUUCAAGGGACGAGGGAUAAGGUUAUUGCAAACGCUGCUAUGAGGGCUGAAGUUCAAAAAUUUGUUGGUGAAAAAGAUGCCAUUCAAGACCAGGUCAAAUCUAUUGGCGUUGAUCUUGACGGGGUCCGCAAGGAUCAUCAAGCUAUCAAGGCCAAACUUAAGACACUCGAGACUGAAAAGGAGGCCAUAAACAAUGUGAUUGCUUCUUUAGAGGAGGAACUGUGUGUAGUGAUCGAGAAAAAGGAUAAGGUCUAUCACAAAAUUAGUGAGCUGAGGAAUAAACGUGAAGAAGAGAAUACUUGCUUUUACCAAAACCGCUCCCUCUUGAACGAUGCAAGAAGGCUGGCUGCAAGUAAGGACGUUAAUGCCCUUAUAGAGCUUUCAACCUCAGAGGUUUGUUAAACACUCCAGUUGUCUGAUUUCUAAAUUUUAUUAAUAUUGGGAAGCACAUUAAACGCUUAUAUUCGC